AUGGCGGCGUUGGUGGCGCCUCGCCUGGCCCUGUUUGGCACCUUUUCAACAAGGCCCAUUUCAGUGUUCGCUCUUCAUCAGAAGAAUCUUCACAGCAGCGUUAAGAGUGAAAAUACCACGAGUGUGGUUCCAGUGCGAGAGAAGAGCACAGCAGUGGCUGCAGCCAAACCAGCAGCUGUAGCCAGCAGCAAGGGGGAGUAUGUCAUCACCAAACUGGAUGACCUGGUCAACUGGGCACGAAGGAGCUCCCUGUGGCCGAUGACCUUCGGCCUGGCGUGUUGUGCCGUGGAGAUGAUGCACAUGGCGGCGCCCCGUUAUGACAUGGACCGCUUCGGCGUCGUGUUCAGAGCGAGUCCCCGACAGGCCGAUGUCAUGAUUGUGGCAGGAACGUUGACCAAUAAGAUGGCGCCGGCCCUGCGGAAGGUGUACGACCAGAUGCCCGAGCCCAGAUACGUCAUUUCCAUGGGGAGCUGUGCCAACGGAGGAGGCUACUACCACUACUCCUACGCCGUCGUCAGAGGCUGCGACAGAAUUGUACCAGUGGACAUUUACGUUCCAGGUUGUCCUCCCACUGCAGAGGCUCUUCUUUACGGGACUUUACAGCUGCAGAAGAAAAUUAAGCGUGAGAAAAGGUUGAAGAUCUGGUAUCGGAAGUGAAUGUGUAAAAUGUAUGUUUCGCUGCUGUGUAAAUGUUGUAUUUCUGGUUUCAUUUGGGGCUCAGCUCCUCAUCGAUGUAGAACAGCAACAAUGAGAAUUAAUAAAGUUUCUGCUGUCGUUU